AAUAAAUAUAUUGCACGUGUGGAUAUAAAAAAGAGCAAAGAAGAGUAGGAGAUGGGAAAUCAGGAGAAAUGCUGAGAUGGGAAGAUAUGCAGAAGAUGAAGUACACGUGGAAUGUGGCCUGUGAAGCUAUGCGGCUGGCCCCACCACUUCAAGGCAAUUUCAGAGAGGCUAUUACUGACUUUACCUAUGCUGGCUUCUACAUCCCUAAAGGAUGGAAGUUGUAUUGGAAUGCAAAUACAACACACAAACAUGAGGAAUACUUUCCGGAACCAGAGAAGUUUGAUCCGACGAGGUUUGAUGAUGAGAAUGGCAGCUCAAUUGUUCCGUACACUUACGUCCCAUUUGGGGGAGGGCCGAGAAUGUGCCCCGGAAAGGAAUAUGCUAAAUUGGAGAUACUUGUUUUCGUAUAUAAUUUGGUGAAAAAGUUCAAAUGGGAGAAAGUUAUUCCACAUGAAAAGAUAGUCGUCGAUCCAAUGCCCACGCCUGCAAACGGACUUCCCGUUCGCCUCCAUCGUCAUAUCUGAUAAUAUUCCGUAUAUCUAUAAUAUACAUCCUGUUUCAAGAUGUGCUAAAUAAAUGCUACUGCUUGUAAUCUAUAUAUGCAAUAAUCAAUCGAGUGGUUUAAUCAUUCGAACUUCGAACUUCAAAUCUGCAAUAACAAUUAUCUGAGAAGGAAAAAAAAAACGGGUAUAUUAAUCGAAAUCCUAAAAUCACAUGUUGUAGAUUCCCCGAAAAUUUAGGGCUAACCUCACUUGCUACCUUGUUAAAAUAUCCUUUGUGACAGUAGGAUCUGGCAAGAGAAUCUCCCGUUACACCGUUAUACAAAACCGUAAGCUUGGGCCUCUAAAAAACUAACAAUAAUUCGUAAUCUCUUACUACAACAUAGGCAA